AUGGUGCAGUGGAUGACAGUAGCGCAGAAGUUUGAGCUCAUUCAAAAGCAUCGACAGAAUCCGUCGUUAUCGACACGAAAGCUCGCAUUAUGGGCCCAUGAAGCCUUUAAUCUUCCCACAGGUCCCACAGCUGCCACUGUCUCUCGAGUAUUGAAAGCAGCAAAUGAAAUUGAGGACAAACAGCGCCAUGGAAUCACACGCAAAGGCCACGGCGUCUCCUGUCCUGAAUUGGACGUGGCAUUGAAGGAUUACGUUGACAUUUGUGUCCAGAAUCAGAUGCAAUUGACGCGCAGGCUUUUGGUCGACAAGGCACGUGAAAUUUUAGCGCAAAUAUCUGAUGCACCGACACUGAACCUAUCGGACGGAUGGCUUACAAGCUUUAUGAGACGCCAUGGGAUGGGAUUGCGACCACGGUCGCUUCAAACAGAUGGAGAAGGGUGUGAUGCUGAGAAUCAAAUUGAUUCAUUGAGGUCUCCGAGGGUCCAAAUAACACCUUCGUCCCGUCCAUUGGGACGUAGAAAUUUGACAACCACACAACGUCGUGCUCGACCGACACAAUUGGGCCUUGUGUCAUCUUCCAUGCAAAAGAUUACAAGUCCAUUUCCAGUUUAUACAGGACCCAAAAGAACAGUGCUGAUUACUGGUGCUGAUAACAACACGGGACUUGCAUUCGUAAAUCAUUAUAUAAAAGAAGGAUGGAAUGUCAUUGCUGCUUUUCCAGAAGGAGAGACACAUUGGAAAAUGCAAGAGUUGACACCGUGGAAAUUGGUCGUUUUGGAUCCAGGAAAUACACAGUCUGUGGAAAGUGCUGCUGAGACGCUGAAGGAUAUACCGAUUGACCUAUUGAUUAACAAUGCACGGUUUUUCACCAAGGGAUACAUGCAUUCGACGACCCCCGAAGACUGUAUCCGACAGUAUGAGGUAAAUGCCUUGGGGCCCUUUAUUGUCGCACGUGCACUCUUGCAGAACAUGCGGCUUGCUGUGCGUGAUCGUGGCAUGGCGUUUUUGGCUAACGUUUCGUCGCGUGUCGGCAGUAUUUCGGAAAACGCGUCGGGAGGCUCAUACGGAUUUCGUGCAUCUCUUAGUGCGCUUCAUAUGUUCACCAAGACUUUGGUUGCAGAUUUUCUGCCGCAUAAGAUUGGGUGUUUAUUGCUACACUGUGGCAUUGAUGACAAGCCGGAAGGACUUCACCCAGCUUCUGUUCGGCCUGAGGAGAGUGUGGCCGGUAUGGCACAGGUCAUUGCACGGACAAAGCUGGGCGAACCACUUCAACUGCGCCACUUUGGAAACGGUGAUGUCAUUGAUUGGUAA